CAAUGACCGAUAAAGUCGAAAACCAAUCCCAGGUUUCCAGAGAGAACAGUGUGAGCAUCGAAGUCGAAGUCGAACAAACCUUAAAUGCUGCGUCACGCUCGACUUCUCCUAAGAAAACCCUCUUCAUCUUCAUCCUCUCCUAAUUUCCCUAAACAAAGCCCUUUUUUGCUUUCCGAAAACACCUUUUCUAACUCGAAACACAUACAACAACAAUGGCUAUUUCGACAUGUUUCCGGGUUGGCCUCGAGCCCGAGUUUAUCGAUAUGGAGAAGAAAGAAGGAGAUGGGCAAGGAGGGUCUGAUAGUGGCCAAAGAGCUCAAGAGGCUCCGCUCCAACUCGGUCCGACUCGACCGCUUCAUUCGCUCCCAUGUCUCUCGCUUGCUCAAGUCUGAUCUCUUCGCUGUUCUCGCCGAGUUCCAAAGACAAGACCAGGUCUUCCUCUGCAUGAAGUUAUAUGAUGUGGUGCGAAAAGAAAUUUGGUAUCGGCCAGACAUGUUCUUUUACAGGGACAUGCUUAUGAUGCUCGCAAGGAACAAAAGUGUUGAUGAGGCAAAAAGGGUUUGGGAAGACCUGAAGAGAGAAGAAGUUCUCUUUGAUCAACAUACAUUUGGAGAUCUUAUCAGGGCCUUUUCAGAUAGUGGAUUGCCCUCAGAGGCAAUGGAAAUAUAUGAUGAAAUGAGACAAUCACCUGAUCCUCCAAUCUCAUUACCUUUUCGGGUGAUAUUGAAAGGGCUCAUUCCAUACCCAGAGUUAAGAGAGAAGGUGAAAGAUGACUUCUUAGAACUUUUUCCUGGUAUGGUUGUGUAUGACCCACCUGAAGACUUGUUUGAAGAUCAAGAUUGGCGAAGGGAGAGUGAAGAUGAUUAGAUGGUGCUGCUGCUUAUGUGCUCAUCAUGUUAACUCCACUGGAGACUACUCUUCCUUAGGGAAGGUUGCCAUUGGCAAUGGCGAGAAGCAAUCAGAUGCCUGUGAUAACUUGGUGCAAUUGUUGGUGGUUUAUCGUGGUUGAUGUGCUCCUCAAUGCUGUAAAAGCUCACUCAUGGUCUUUCAGAGUGACUUUUCAUGGCAUGCAGUGAUGUGAGGAUUGAGGGAUGGCCUUUAUAGAACUCCUCAGCGCAUGAGUUGGUUCAUGACUCGUGAUGCAAUUUUGAGUGACUUGGUUGAAGGUGUAUGUUGAAUCAUAUUUCUUUUAUAUUUCUUAUAGCAUUUUGUCGUUUUAUGUAAAGAUAGUGUAUGAUAAAAGAAAUUAUAAACGCAGUUAACAAGAAGAAAAAAUUCUAUUGCGGGAGGAAUGCAAAUUUAAUUGCGCUAGAAUAGAAGUUAAAGACUUAAAGAACA